CUGCGGGGGUGGGGGUGCGGCUGCGACUGAGGUUGUGACCAUGGGCGGGAAGAACAAACAGCGGACCAAGGGGAACCUGCGGCCUUCAAACAGUGGCCGAGCUGCAGAACUCCUUGCCAAAGAACAGGGAACAGUGCCUGGGUUUAUUGGUUUUGGAACGUCUCAGAGUGACCUGGGCUAUGUUCCUGCUAUUCAAGGAGCUGAAGAAAUAGACAGUCUCGUAGAUUCUGAUUUCCGAAUGGUGCUGCGGAAACUUUCCAAGAAAGACGUCACAACAAAAUUAAAAGCAAUGCAGGAGUUUGGAACAAUGUGUGCAGAGAGAGACACGGAAGUUGUCAAAGGAGUUCUCCCGUACUGGCCGCGAAUUUUCUGUAAAAUCUCACUUGAUCAUGACCGCCGGGUUCGAGAAGCCACACAGCAAGCUUUCGAGAAACUCAUCCUUAAAGUAAAGAAACACUUGGCUCCUUAUUUGAAAAGUUUAAUGGGAUACUGGCUAAUGGCUCAGUGUGAUACGUACACGCCUGCUGCAUGUGCAGCGAAAGAUGCAUUCGAAGCAGCUUUCCCUCCCAGCAAGCAACCUGAAGCCAUAGCAUUUUGUAAGGAUGAAAUUGCAAGUGUGCUUCACGAUCAUCUUUUAAAAGAAACACCUGACACGCUCAGUGACCCCCAAACUGUUCCAGAGGAAGAAAGAGAAGCUAAAUUCUAUCGAGUUAUAACUUGUUCCUUAUUGGCCUUAAAGAAAUUGCUUUGCCUCUUGCCUGAUAAUGAACUUGAUUCUCUGGAGGAGAAAUUUAAGUUUCUUUUAUCACACAACAAGUUUUGGAAGUAUGGAAAACACAGUAUACCUCAGAUCCGCUCAGCUUAUUUUGAAUUAGUUUCUGCUUUGUGCCAGCGAAUUCCAUGGUUGAUGAAAGAUGAAGCAUCCAAAGUGAGCCCAUCUGUUCUGCUUAGCAUUGAUGAUAGUGACCCUGUUGUAUGCCCAGCUCUCUGGGAAGCUGUCCUUUAUACGCUUACAACUAUCGAGGACUGUUGGACUCAUGUAAAUGCAAAGAAAAGUGUGUUUCCCAAGCUGUCAGCUGUGGUUCGUGAAGGUGGUCGGGGCCUGGCCACUGUUAUAUAUCCUUACCUUCUGCCAUUUAUCAGCAAACUCCCUCAGUCCAUUACAGAUCCAAAGUUGGACUUCUUCAAAAAUUUCCUCACCUCUCUAGUUACAGGGCUGUCAACAGAGAGGAUCAAAGCCAGCUUUUCAGAGUGCUCAGCUAUAGUAGCUGCUUUUUUUGAGUGCCUGCGUUUUAUAAUGCAGCAGAACUUAGGUGAGGAAGAGAUGGAACAGAUGCUCGUCAACGAUCAGUUGAUCCCUUUUGUCGAUGCAGUUCUCAAAGAGCCAAGAUUGCAAAACGGGCAACUAUUUCACCAUUUAGCCGAAACUUUAAGUUCCUGGGAAAGCAAGGCAGAUAUGGAAAGGGGUGAUAAAAUGGCUCACAACUUGGAGAAAGUGCUGUUAAAUUUCUGGGAGAGACUGUCAGAGGUCUGCAUGGAGAAAAUUAAUGAGCCAGAAGCUGAUAGUACGUCUGUUCUGGGUGUAUCUAGCUUGUUAGAGGUUCUCCAGAAGCCGAAGAGUGCAUUGAAGUCCAACAAGAAAAAAGUUGGUAAGGUUAGAUUUGCUGAUGAGAUCUCUGAAAGUAAUAAAAAGAAUGAAAAAGGUGUAUCUUCAGAAGGAGAGAACAGUGAAGGCUCUGAAUUAGUUACUGAACCUCUCACUCAGGAUCUUUCAGACCUCAUAUCUCCUCUAAGGAAAAAGCCUUUGGAAGACUUAGUCUGCAAACUAGCAAAGAUGAGCAUUAAUUACAUCACUGAACAAACAUCAGAGCAACACCUGAAGUUUCUUUCCACUCUGCUCAGCACCUUCUCUUCCAGCCAGGUGUUUAAAGUGCUACUAGGUGAUGAGAAACAGAGUAUCGGCAAAGGUAAAACUCUUGAAAUAGCUAAACUUGCACAGAAAAAUCCUGCGGUGCAGUUUUUAUACCAGAAGCUACUCGGUUGGCUAAAUGAAGAUCAGAAGAAGGAUGCUGGUUUCCUCGUGGACAUUUUAUACAGUGCUCUCCGCUGCUGUGACAGUAAUAUGGAAAGGAAAGAUGUCUUGGAUGAUUUAACGGAGGUGGAGCUGAAAUGGGAUUCUCUUCUUCAGGUUAUUGAAAAGUCAUGUUCUAGUUCAGAUAAACAUGCUUUAGUAAGUCUUUGGCUAAAAGGAGAUAUCCUUGGAGAGAAAUUGGUAAACUUGGCAGAUCACCUAUGUAAUAUGGGCUUGGAAUCCACAGUAUCUUCAGAAUCUUACUUCUCAGAAAGAUGGACCCUUCUAAGCUUGGUAUUAUCCCAGCAUAUUGAAAAUGAUUACUUGAUUGGAGAAGUAUAUGUUGAAAGAAUUAUUGUUAAACUUCAUGAAACUUUAUCCAAAACAAAGACACUGUCAGAAGCUGAGAAUAGCCGCUCAUCGGUGUCUCGUGUCUGUGAUGUGGCCUGUAAUUACUUCAGCUCAGCGAAAGGACGUUUGCUCAUGCCGUCGUCUGAGGAUUUGUUACUAACUCUCUUUCAGUUGUGUGCUCAGAGCAAAGAAAGAACACAUUUACCAGACUCUCUUAUCUGUAAACUGAAAAACACCUGGCUGUCUGGUGUAAAUUUCUUGGUCCAUCACGUUGACAGUACAUAUAAACAGAGUUCCUUCCUACGUCUGUCUGCUGUUUGGCUCAAGAACCAAGUUCAGUCUUCGUCUUUGGAUGUCAGAAGUCUCCAGGUCCUCUUGUCUGCUGUUGAUGAUUUCCUGAAUAAGCUGCUCGAGAGUAAAGAUACUGACCUUCUGGGGGUUUGUAUUGGAAGUGUUAUGCCAAACGACAGUGAAUGGGGGCAGAUGAGACAGUCCCUUCCUAUGCAGUGGUUGCACAGGCCUCUUUUAGAAGGAAGACUGAGUUUGAAUCAUGAGUGUUUCCAAACAGAAUGUAAGGAAGAAGAUAUAAAGACCCUUCCCAGCCAUUUGUGUACUUCAGCUUUACUGAGCAAAAUGAUGUUAGUUGCACUGAAAAAGGAGGUAGUCCUAGAAAACAAUGAGCUUGUGAAAAUAAUUGCAGAGCUGCUCUAUUCCCUGCAGUGGUGUGAAGAACUGGACAACCCGCCUGCUUUUCUGACCGAGUUCUGUGAAAUGCUUCAGAGAAUGAAUAUCACGUACCGUCACUUGUGUGCACUUGGUGAUACUUCUGGCCUUCUGAAACUGAUAUUUAGCAGAUCCAAAGCAAAUGGCACCCUUUGGUCUCUUAUCAUCAUUAAGUUGGUCUUCUCUGGAAGCAUUACAUCUGAGGACGUAAAACAUCAUUAUAGGAAUUCAGAAGACAGUUUUUUUCCACUAACAGAAGGUAAUUUGCAUACCAUUCAGAGUCUCUGUCCAUUUUUGUUAAAAGAAGAAAAGAAAAAAUUCAUUGCUGAAUGUAUACCUGCACUUCUGGCCUGGCCUAAGGAUGAUCUGUACUAUAUUGAUGGAGGUUUUGGAUAUUUUGCCAUUUUCAAUUCUUCUCUGCAAACCAAAAGCAUAGAUGAUGAAGAGUUGUUACAUGGUAUCUUAGAAGUAAUAAUGUCCUGGAAGAAAAAUUAUGAAGAUAUUUUUCUCUUCAGUUGUAAUCUGUCAGAAGCAAGUCCAGAGACACUGGGUAUAAAUAUAGAAAUAAUCCGGUUUCUUUCCCUGUUCCUGAAAUAUCGGUCAUCUCCUUUGGAGGAGAGUGAGUGGGACUUCAUCAUGUGUUCCAUGUUGGCUUGGCUGGAGACAACCAGCGAGAGUCGGGCAUUGUAUUUUGAUCCUCUUGUACAGCUCUUUGCCUGUGUCAGCUGUGACUUGGCCUGUGAUCUCAGUGUGGUUUUUGAUUCCGCAACUCUGGACACCGUUUGCGAUCUUCCCCAGAAUCUAAUCAGUGAAUGGAAAGAAUUUUUUUCGCAAGGCAUCCACAGUUUGCUUUUACCUCUGUUGAUGACUGUCAUAGAAAGCAAAGAUCCAUCUGAAACAUCCUUUCAGAAUGCUCUGCUGAGGCCCAUGUGUGAAACAUUAACAUAUAUCUCAAAGGAUCAGCUGUUGAGUCACAAACUCCUUGGGAGAUCUGUUGCCAGCCAGAAAACAAACUUCCCGGAACAUCUCCAGACUUUGCUAGAUACGUUGGCCCCACUGCUCCUCUUCCGAGCGAGACCUGUGCAAAUCGCUGCAUAUCACAUGCUGUACAAAUUGAUGCCUGAAUUACCACAGUAUGAUCAGGAUAAUCUGAAGUCGUACGGAGACGAGGAAGAAGAGCCAGCCCUGUCACCACCGGCAGUGCUGAUGUCUCUUCUUAGCACUCAAGAGGACUUACUAGAGAAUGUUUUGGGGGGUAUUUCCGUUGGACAGAUAGUAACCAUUAAGCCACUGAGUGAGGACUUCUGUUACGUUCUGGGAUACCUCCUCACCUGGAAAUUAAUACUUACUUUCUUCAAAGCUGCUUCAUCUCAGCUUCGGGCUCUGUAUUCGAUGUACCUUCGGAAAACAAAGAGUUUGAAUAAACUGCUCUAUCACCUGUUCAGGCUGAUGCCAGAAAAUCCAACGUUUGGAGAGUCCGUUCUCGAGUUCUCAAAUAAGGACCCUAAGACAUUCUUUACUGAGGAGCUCCGUUUGAGUAUUAGAGAAACAGCAGCUCUUCCAUACCAGAUUCCACACUUGGCUUGUUCAGUCUAUCAUAUGACGUUAAAAGACUUGCCUGCUAUGGUUAGGCUGUGGUGGAAUAGCAGUGAAAAGCGUAUUUUCAAUAUUGUAGAUAGAUUUACAAGCAAAUAUGUCAGCAACGUGCUUUCUUUUCAAGAAAUAUCUUCUGUGCAAACAAGUACGCAGCUGUUUAAUGGCAUGACGGUUAAAGCUCGAGCUACCACUCGUGAAGUAAUGGCUACGUAUACUAUUGAGGACAUAGUCAUUGAACUCAUAAUACAGCUGCCUUCCAAUUACCCUCUGGGUUCCAUAACGGUGGAAAGUGGGAAGCGAGUGGGCGUGGCUGUCCAGCAGUGGCGGAACUGGAUGCUGCAGUUAAGCACUUACCUCACGCAUCAGAAUGGAAGUAUUAUGGAAGGCUUAGCGUUAUGGAAAAAUAAUGUCGAUAAACGUUUUGAGGGUGUUGAAGACUGCAUGAUCUGUUUCUCAGUCAUUCAUGGUUUCAACUAUUCUCUUCCCAAAAAAGCCUGUAGAACCUGCAAGAAAAAGUUCCAUUCAGCCUGUUUGUACAAAUGGUUUACGUCGAGCAACAAAUCCACUUGUCCGCUCUGUCGCGAGACCUUUUUCUGAGGUACUUUUAUCACUGGAAGUGAUCCCUGAAGUCAGUCAAGUAAGACAUUGGAUUUGGAUCCAUCGUGAAGUGCUGAUGUGAAGAAGCCAGUGAGCAUUACUUUUAAAUAGGAGCGUCUCUGGGAAGUUCUUUUGGUUAAUGUAAUGAUCCUGAAAUCAGGUUUACUUACCUUUAGAUUGCUUUGUAAAUGUUUGGAAGCCUUUUCUUUUACAAAAGAAUAUAACAUAUUUGAGAGAAAAUAUUUAUAUUAAUAGUUUAAUCUAUUUGUAUAUUUUAAAAUAAAUAUGAAAGAAAC